CGCCCGGGCGCGAGCUGCCUCAAGCGCGGUGGGGCAGGCGCUGCCUCGGGCUCCGCUCCCCGCGCCGCAGGGAGGGCUCGGCGCCGGGCCGGGGGCGGUGGCAGAGGCAGCGGGGCGGAGGCCUUCACGGGGCCCCAGCGAGUUGCCGCGGGAGACGGCCGCGCAGGUCCCCUGGGCCGCAGUCCUUCCGCCUUCCGCCGUGCGGGGCGUUGCCGGGCUGCAUGUACUGAACGAACACUCGGUCACCGCAGGGCUGUGCUGAGCCAUUUACAGAUUUUGACUCAUUUAAGCUUCCGACACUCUGAUGAUGCAGCAGCUCUAUUGUCAUCCCAGUUUUAGAAAAUUCUGAGCUGUGUAGCUCUAGGAAGUGAAACAUUAGUUCAGAAGAAGAGAGUAGACUCUUAACACGUUUGGCUCUUCACCAUGCGAUUAGGAAAACCUAAGGGUGGUAUUUCUCGGAGCUCAAGCCACGGAAAAGCCUCUGAGAACCAGCGCAAAACCAUCCGGCAGCGGCAGAAAUGGGGAAUGACUGUUCCAUUUAUCUCAAACUUGAGUAGACUGAGAAGAAGCCUGGAUGAGAAGCCCUAUAAAUGUACUGAAUGUGAAAAGAGUUUCAGUCAGAGCUCAACUCUUUUUCAACAUCAGAAGAUCCAUACUGGAAAGAAAUCCUAUAGAUGUGCUGAUUGUGGGAAAAGUUUCUUUCAGAGUUCUAAUCUCAUUCAGCAUCGACGGAUCCAUACCGGGGAGAAGCCCUAUAAGUGUGAUGAGUGUGGAGAAAGCUUUAAACAGAGCUCGAAUCUCAUUCAGCACCAGAGAAUUCAUACUGGAGAAAAGCCCUAUCAGUGUGAUGAGUGUGGCCGCUGUUUCAGCCAGAGUUCCCACCUUAUUCAACAUCAGAGAACCCACACGGGGGAGAAGCCCUACCAGUGCAGUGAAUGUGGCAAGUGCUUCAGCCAGAGCUCUCAUCUUAGGCAGCACAUGAAGGUGCACAAAGAAGAGAAGCCUCGUAAGACCCGGGGCAAGAAUAUUAGGGCAAAAACGCACUCAGUAUCAUCUUGGAAGGCUGGUACAGGAAGGAAGUCAGUGGCUCGUCUCCGCUAGGUAGAGGACACUACUUCAGCCAUCUUUUAAAAAAAUAAAAAGUAUCUGUUUUAGAACUGGAGAUACUUUAUAAUAGACCACUUCAGUACGGUAUCCUUUCCCAGCAUGGAGACAUUGGGAGUUUAAUGAGGUUGGUAUGAAAGAAAUUACAUGUGUCCAGCUGUCCUCAUUUUUUGUGUGUGUAACAUGGAGUACAAGGAACUGAAAAUAUCUUUUGAGAUAAUAUAAGAUCCUUGACCUCAUUUGAAAUUGCUUCCUGCAUCAUUAUGAGAAAAUAAUCCUGUUUUGAUGACACAUGUAAAAGUACAGGAAUUCCAAUGACAACUCAAUUUUAGGACUUUCUGUGGAAUCAGUACUUUAAAAGGGAGAAGAAGUUAAUUCCGUUAGUUUUGGAGUUCUGCAACAGAUGAGGACAUUUUGUGUUUGUAAAGUUUUUGUAGUAUAUUAACCGUUGGUUUGUAAGUAUCACUCAAGGGUCCAUAUAUUAAAAUGUAUUCAUGUUCACAGAUUUUUAAUCAACAAGGCCCAUCACUGUAUGUUAGCUUUCUUUUGUUUCUUCUCUUCUGCUUAUGGACAAUUAUUAAUUAAAGGUGUAGAAUUUCUCUGUUUUUCAACAAAUUCUUAGAAAAAGGCACUCUAGAAGCCAAAGUGAGAACUGAAUUAGACCACAAGUCUCCUAUUCCUACCAGUACCAUUCUUUGUGAUGGUCUUACUCGGUGUCACUUGUUUUCUGGAAGUUGGGAUGGGUUUAUGUUGAUCCAUCCAUCCCCAUGGCUUUGAUUUCUUUUGGCAUUCUCUUGUGCUCUGACAAAGUGAGCUAGCCUUUUAGAUCUACAUGAAUAAAUAAUUAAACCAUAUUUUACCGAAACAAUCUCCACUUGCUAAUUAGAAAUUAACAAUUUUCAACCUCUAUGUGUUUCCCUUUGAGAGCUUUAGGAUAACCCUGGUUAUCUUAAAUGAAUGUUUGUCAACAGCAAAAGUCAUUUAAUUGAAAUGUCAGUGCUUGUAGCUCAAUGUGUAGAUUUUGAAAUCUGUUAACUUUUUGUGAAUUAUGUGAAUUAUUUGCCAAGUCUAGUAAACGUGUGUCUUCCAUCAGAACAAUGCCAAGUGUCAGACAUUCUGAUCAACCUUCAGCUCAGGUUUUAAUUUCUAUUGAAUGCUAACAUUCUUUUGAUUUUUUUGUAUCUUUUAUAAUCAUACAAGUUCCUGCUGUAUUAAUAACGGUUACUAUAAAAAAAUUUUUUAAGUGGGA